CCUCCCCCUCCUUUGCUCCCUCUCGCUGGGGGGGGCUCUCGGGGCCGCUCCCGGGCUGGAUGAAUGUGGGAGAAGAUGGAGACCAAGACGAUCGUCUACGACCUGGACACCUCCGGGGGGCUCAUGGAGCAAAUCCAAGCCCUCUUGGCUCCCCCCAAGAGCGAAGAUGGGGAAAAAAAGAGCAGGAGGCCCGAGAAGGAGCCCAGGCGAAGUGGCAGGGCCACUAACCACGAUAGCUGCGAUAGCUGCAAGGAAGGAGGGGAUCUGCUGUGCUGCGAUCACUGCCCCGCCGCUUUCCACCUUCAGUGCUGCAACCCUCCGCUCAGCGAGGAAAUGCUGCCUCCGGGGGAGUGGAUGUGUCACCGCUGCACUGUACGCCGCAAGAAGCGGGAGCAGAAGAAAGAGCUGGGGCAGGUAAAUGGAUUGGUGGACAAAUCUGGGAAAAGGACCACCUCCCCCACCAGUGACGCAGACCUGUUGGACAGGUCUAGCAGCAGCAUCAGGGCUAAUGCGCAUGCCAGGAUCUUGGAAAGGAGAGCAAGCCGGCCUGGCACGCCCACAUCCAAUGCCAGCACCGAGACCCCCAACUCAGAGCAGAAUGAUGUCGAUGAGGACAUAAUUGACGUGGAUGAUGACUCUGCCAUUGCAGAAAUGGACUGUGGGCAGCCCCAGCUGAAGCGACCCUUUGAGCUUCUUAUUGCUGCUGCCAUGGAAAGGAAUCCAACGCAGUUCCAGCUGCCGAAUGAACUGACCUGCACCACAGCACUUCCAGGUACUAGUAAGAGGAGGCGAAAAGAAGAAACCACAGGAAAGAAUGUCAAGAAAGCACAACAUGAGUUAGACCACAAUGGUUUGGUUCCAUUGCCAGUGAAAGUCUGCUUCACAUGCAACAGGAGUUGCAGAGUGGCACCUCUCAUUCAGUGUGAUUAUUGCCCACUCCUCUUCCACAUGGAUUGUCUGGAGCCACCACUUACUGCCAUGCCUCUGGGGAGAUGGAUGUGCCCAAAUCACAUAGAACAUGUGGUGCUGAACCAGAAGAACUUGACCCUGAGUAAUCGGUGCCGAGUGUUUGACCGGUUCCAGGACACCAUAUCUCAGCACGUUGUCAAAGUGGAUUUCUUAAACCGAAUCCAUAAGAAACAUCCUCCGAAUCGCAGAGUUCUUCAAUCAGUAAAGAGGAAAGGUUUGAAGGUUCCUGAUGCUAUAAAGUCCCAGUACCGACUUCCACCCCCAUUACUUGCGCCUGCAGCAAUUAGAGAUGGCGAGCUGAUCUGUAACGGGAUCCCUGAGGAACCCUUGCAGAAGCACCUUUUGAACACUGAGCACUUAGCCAGCCAGACAGAACAACAGGAGUGGCUCUGUAGUGUUGUUGCGCUCCAGUGCAGCAUAUUGAAACAUUUAUCUGCUAAGCAGAUGACUUCGCUUUGGGACUCUGAACAGACAGAGAAGGCUGAUAUUAAGCCUCUUAUUGUGGCAGACAGCUCACUCGCCAACCCUUACCAGGCAGCUGACAAGGCACCCACACCUUCCCUCUAUUCCAUGUCAUCCUGCACCUCAGGGAUUACCACCCAGAAUUCCUUGAGUUCCUUGCAAUCCCAGCAGACUUUGUCACAGGAAGAUGUCAACUGCAGCUCUUGUUUAGAUAAAUCCAAGAAGGUGUCUUCUUGCGGGACUUCGAAUGGGCCGACAGCCUCUGACAUUAAAGUGAACGGUCCUCAUUUCUAUGGUGUUUCAUCUGAAUCUUCAGCACAGUUGACUGAUUCCCAGAGGCUAAUGGGAUCUGGUAACACAAUACCUGUUUUGUCUCAUCGGCAAACGUGGCCUCGGCCCCUCACGCCCCCGGCGACUUGUGGACUUCUGAAUCACACCAUUGGAACCACUGUCAAAACAGAGAACGUAGCAGGACCUGUUUCUUGUGCACAAAGGGGUUCUGCUCCGGUCACAAGUCUGCCUACGUCCAUAUCGAGCUCCUGUGCCAGCCUGGAGACCACCAGCACUUUGCAAAGAAAGAAUGUGCAGACACAGAUAGGGCCCCCGCUGACACCAGAGCUGCGAUCCAUGGGCUCCCCUCUGACUGCCACCAGGGCUCUCACCCCUCCACAGGCUGCAGGAGAUGGGAUCUCUGCAGUUGGGUCCACAAACAGAUUCUGUUCACCAGCACCACCUUCAGAUGGUAAGGUCAGUCCCAGCACCUUAUCCAUAGGAACUGCUUUAACUCUACCCUCAUCACUCACUUCAAACUCUGCAGCUAUGUUGGACCUCACCGGUUCCCUGAAAGCAUUUAUGGAUGGUGAGAUUGAGAUAAAUAUGCUGGAUGAGCAGCUGAUCAAGUUUCUGGCCUUACAGAGAAUACAUCAGCUCUUUCCUUCCAAAGCUCAGUCUCUAGCGAGCAGUGUCAGUUCCCAUCAGCAAUCUCCUGUGGGAAACCACAUUGAAGCGCAAAGAAAGGAAGUGCAAGCCCGGGCGGUGUUCUAUCCUCUGAUGGGCUUAGGGGGUGCAGUCAAUAUGUGCUAUCGAACCCUCUAUAUUGGGACAGGAGCCGAUAUGGAUGUGUGCCUUACAAGCUAUGGUCACUGUAACUAUGUGUCUGGCAAACAUGCCUGCAUAUUCUAUGAUGAGAAUACGAAACAUUAUGAGCUGUUGAACUACAGUGAGCAUGGGACAACUGUGGACAACGUUCUGUAUUCGUGUGACUUCUCAGAGAAGAUGACACCCACUCCUCCCAGCAGUAUUGUUGCCAAAGUGCAAAGUGUGAUAAAACGACAUAAAAGCAGAAAGCAAGAAGAGGAGCCACAUGAAGAAGCUGCUGUGAUGAAUUCACAGGCACAAGGGCAGCAUCGGAAACCCUGUAACUGCAAAGCCAGCAGCUCCAGCUUAAUAGGGGGCAGUGGGGCUGGCUGGGAGGGGACAGCCCUGCUCCACCAUGGCAGUUACAUCAAGCUGGGCUGCCUGCAGUUUGUGUUCAGCAUUACUGAAUUUGCGACCAAACAGCCCAAGGGGGACACUGCCUUAGUACAAGACAUGGACUUGGAGGAGAAGCUUUCUCUGAAACCCCAUCAGGUGCCCGUGCUGCGGUCCAACUCAGUUCCUUAGGAAUU